AUGAGCAGCGCAGAGCUUCAAUCGCGGGACGUCGUGAAAGUGCUCACGAACGAGCAUGUCAAGCGGCAAGGUGACAAGACGACAUCGGUGAAGACUGAAGACGCGGCCAAGGCGUUCAGUACCGAGCGUGAACCGCACCAUUGCACGUACUGCGGAAAAUUGGGGCACACGGCAGAGCGGUGCUGGACCAAGCAGAAGGACGAAAAUCAAGGUAGAGCUCGACGCGGCGGCAACAAUGCUCGUGGAGGCGGAGCCAACAACGUUCAGUGGCGAACCAACAACAACAACGACGACAACUACGAUCGAGUUGCGUUCGCGGUUUCGCUGGAGGCUGGACUUCCGACGGGCAAGAAUAUGCCAGGGAUGUGGGCAGUCGACAGCGGUGCGACGCAUCACAUCUGCAACGACAAAGCCAAGUUUGCAAGCCUGAAUGAGCGAGAGGAAGGCGAACUAUCAGUGGCUGAUGGCAGCAAGGCUGCGAUCAAGGGUGUGGGAACCAUCAUGGAACGGGUGGUUCUGCCCAAUGGUGACGAACGCGACAUCGAGAUCAAGGACGCACUGUUCGUACCAAGUAUGAGCAAGAAUCUGCUUUCGGUGCCACAGAUCAACAAGGGUGGCAGGUUCCAAGUCGUGUUCGAUGGAUCCAAGAUGCAAGUGAAGCGCAAGAAUUCCACACAAGUCGUGGCAACAGCGGAUCUCGUCGAUGGACUUUACUGGCUGUGGACUCCUCAACGAUCGGCAAAUGCAGCAACACGCGAUGGGACCAUCGACUUGCAUGCGCGCAUGGGUCAUGCACCCCUCGAAGUUCUGCGCAAGAUGGUGGCCACUGGCAUGAUCAAGGACGCCAAGGCACCUCUCAACUCGAAUGGUCCAAGUGUGUGUCGCGGUUGCCAGCAAGGAAAGAUGGUCCAAAAACCAUUCCCAACCAACCGUGACAAACGCCAAUAUGGUGUGUUCGAGUUGCUGCACUUCGACAUCUGCGGGCCAAUGGAACAAGUCUCGAUCGGCGGCAGCAGAUACUUACUGCUUGUGGUUGACGAAGCCAGCGGUUGCAUGAAGGGCUUCUGUAUGCGGUCCAAGUCUGAGAGUGAAGACUGUAUCAAGAACCACAUCAUCAAGAUUCAAACUCAGUUCGGCACGAAGAUCAAGUUUUUUCGGCACGAUGGAGCGCAUAAGUUUGCGACCAACUCCAUCAAGACCUUCUACGAAAAUCAUGGUAUCGAACAACAGGUCACGGUGCCGUAUGCACACCAGACCAACGGCACCGCAGAACGCGCGAUAAGGACCAUCGUCACGAUCGGACGCAGCUUGUUGCAUCAUGCAAAGCUGGAGAAGUGUUUCUGGGCUGAAGCGGCAAUGACGGCGAUCUACAUCAAGAACCGCCUGUCUUCACCCAAGAUCGACCACAAGACUCCGUUCGAGAUCGUGUACAAGUCGAAACCAAGUGUCAAGCACAUGCGCGUGUUUGGAUGUCGGGCGUUUAUCCUGACACCAAGGGAGAAGCGAUUGAAGUGGGACCCGAAGUCUCGUGAAGGGAUGUUCAUGGGCUACGAAGAAGCGUCAAAAGCUUAUCGAGUGUACGACAUUGAGGCGGACCAAGUGGUGAUCAGUCGUGACAUCACCUUCGACGAAUCGACUUUUGACUUUUCGAUGGACCGACCAAGUGACGAUGAUGAAGAUGCGGAGUUGGACCUCGACCUCCUGGCGAUCAACGAGGACGACGUGCGUCAAACCGUCUACAAGCAGACUGACAAGCGCAAGAGUGAAGCAAGACCCGGCAUGUCACGUUCAGCUCGCCCUCGAACUGGGUUGGAACAAGCAAGUGCGCCGGAACACGUCUCCAACCGUCACCAGAAACGACGAUCAAGUGUUGCAUUGUAG